AUGUCGAUUGUGUACAGCCUGAUAAGUCGUGGAACUACAGUGUUCUGCGAACACACAAGCGAGAGCGGGAACUUUCAGCAGGUUACAAGAACCAUUCUUGAGAAGUUCGACUCUACCCAAGAGGGCAAGCACUCGUACAAAUAUGACGAGUUUGUAUUCCACCUCAUCACCGAGCAAGGAAUCGUGUACAUCUGCAUGGCCAACAAGGAUUUCCAACGCCGCAUUGCGUUUGCCUUCUUGGAAGACAUCAAACAACAGUUCGAAGAGAAAUAUUCGGACAUCCUCGGAACAGCUGUGGCGUAUGAGAUGAACAAAACGUUCGGCAAAGUGCUGAGCGAGAAGAUGGAAUUUUACAACAGCAACCCAGAGGCCGAUCACAUUCGCAAGGUAAAGGGAGAGAUCGAGGAGGUCAAGCAAGUGAUGUCAGAGAACAUCGAGAGGAUCUUAGAUCGAGGUGACAAGAUCGAGCUUCUUGUCGACAAGUCAGGCGACUUGAGCGAACAAGCCUUGAAAUUCAAGAGAUCAAGCAAACAGCUGCAGAGGAAGCUUUGGUGGCACAACUUGAAAUUGCAGAUCAUCAUUGUUGGCUCUGUUUCGGUUGUCAUGCUGAUAAUCAUUCUGGGUGCAACCAAGUGCUUUGGUCAUUGUUGAUGCCAAGUAGCGAUGUUGUCCUGUAUAAUAAUCCUUGAACUCGUCCUCGUAUGAUAAGAUAGAAUUUUACUCAAGAAGGAGAUUCACUUUUCUGUUCGCUUGGGAAGACGGGCAUGCAUGACUCUUGUUGAUUGGC